AUGAGCAAGCCUGCAGGUGUAGAUUUCGACAUUCAAGCCGGGCAUGAUCACUAUUCAGAUCGUGCUGGAAAGUUAAAUGAGUAUGGCCUAAAGGGCAAGAAAGUGUACCUAAGAGUAGCACCCCAAUGUCCAUUCCCAGAUCAAAGGCUCGGAAAUGCACUGAAACCGCGCUAUUUAACUGUGUUUGUGUACAAUUUUACGGCAAUCCGCCAUAUGAAUACAUCAGCAAUGAUCCAAACAAGUUCGAGAAUUCAUGCAAUCAAUGGACAUCAUCAAUACCUGCUAAAAAGAUUUACAUUGGACUUCCUGACUCUUAAGGCUGCUGCCGAAAAUGGUUAUGUUCCAAAACAGGUUCUGAUAAAUGAAGUUCUGCCAUUUGCUAAAAGGUUAUUGAGUAUGGAGGGAUUAUGCUUUGGGAAAGGUACACUGAUAAUGGAUAUAGUGCUGUUGUCAAGAACAGUGUCUAAGCUUCCUCUAAGCAUGGCAAAUGAAUCCAUGGUGCCAUACAGAAUUGAACCUCAAUAUUCUGCAACAAGACAAUUGCCAACGUCUUCCGUAACUAUUAAUAUACACUUCCAGGUUGUUAUUGAUCAGAAUGAGAUUAGAUGGCUUGAUAUGAUCUGA